UUGUAUCAUCAACCUUUCUCCCUUUCUCUCCCUUUUUCCCUUCAUCUCGUUUCAUUUUGUGUUUCAUCACUCUGCUUUUUUAAUUCAUCAGAAAUAUAUUAUCUCACCAAACCAAGACUUUUAUUUCCAAAAAAAAAAACUCUUUUCAAUCACAAGUAUGACAUCUUCCUCUCAAAGUAAUUCUGAUGAUACACGAGAUGAUGCAUUUGAUGAUGCAUUUGAUGAUGCAUUUGAUCAAUAUUUUGAUCAAACCUUUGAGAGAUUUACCAUUGCUCUUCAACAACAACCAAGUAGACAAAGAAGAAAACGAGCUUAUAUCGAAAGAAAUCGUGAAGAAGGGCAUAGAAGAUUAUGGAAUGAUUAUUUCAGCGAAACUCCAACAUAUCAAGAAGAUACCUUCCGACGACGUUUUAGAAUGAACAAGCCACUGUUCAUGAGCAUUGUUGAUCGAUUCUCCAACGAAGUUCAAUAUUUUCGGGAAAAGAGAGAUGGUCUCGGAAGGAUUAGUCUCUCCCCCUUACAAAAGUGUACUGCAGCCAUUCGUGUCUUGGCAUAUGGUUCUGCGGGUGAUAUGGUUGACGAAUACCUCCGGCUCGGUGAAGCAACAACUCGGUUAUGUGUAGAAAAUUUUGUGGAAGGCAUAAUCAAUAUGUUCGGCGAUGAGUACUUAAGAAGACCAACACCGGCUGAUCUAGAACGUCUACUUGCUGUUGGAGAGUAUCGAGGUUUUCCCGGAAUGAUAGGAAGCAUCGACUGUAUGCACUGGGAGUGGAAGAAUUGUCCAACCGCUUGGAAAGGGCAAUAUUCUCGUGGUUCAGAUAAACCAACGAUCGUUUUAGAAGCAGUUGCUUCAUACGAUCUCUGGAUAUGGCAUGCAUUUUUUGGACCUCCAGGUACAUGCAAUGAUAUUAAUGUUCUUGAUCAAUCACCUGUUUUUGAUGACAUAAUUCAAGGUUAUGCUCCGCAAGUCACUUUCUCUGUCAAUGGAAGACAAUAUCAUAUGGCUUACUAUCUCACCGAUGGUAUUUAUCCGAAAUGGGCUACUUUUAUCCAAUCUAUUCGUUUACCACAAGUGCCGAAAGCAAUUUUAUUUGCUAAAAAACAAGAAGGUGUCCGAAAAGAUGUCGAGCGUGCUUUUGGAGUCCUGCAAGCUCGCUUUGCCAUUGUUAAAAAUCCGGCGCUGUUCUGGGAUAAAGAUAAAAUCGGAAAGAUUAUGAGAGCGUGUAUCAUACUUCAUAAUAUGAUAGUAGAAAAUGAACGAAGUACAUACACUCAGUAUAAUGUUGAAGAGUUCAUCGAAGGAGAAGAUAAUGGAAGCUCACAUGUCGAUGGCAAUUUCGAUAGAGAUCACAGAAAUGGUGUGGCCCAUAGGAUGGUUGCAGAAGCAAGAAUUCGUGAUCAAACAACGCAUCAACAACUGAAACAUGAUUUGGUUGAACAUAUAUGGCGUAAAUUUGGGCAUGAAUAUGACAACAACUAAGCUCGGAUGCUUCUUUUGUUUAUUUUACUAAUAUUUUGUUUCAUGUUUUUUUAAAAAAAUUAUGUUUAAAAUGUUAUCUUUUAUUCUGUUUAUGAAAUAAAACUUUUUUUAAUUUUAAUAAAAAUUGUUAAAAAAAAUUAAGCAACCAAAAAUAAGAAACUAGCAAUAGAGGAGCAAAAUAAUGAAAUUGCUUACCCAAGUCUCUUACCAUAAUUUACUACUAAAAUAUUACUUAGCAACCCAUAAUGAGUUGCAAGGAUAAAGAUGCU